AUGCAAGCAACAUCUCCCACAUCACCAAACACCACAACAGAGGAAGAUUUUGAAGAUAAUGACAGUAUUGUUGCUGAGGAUGAAGAGAAUGAUAAGCAGAUGAGAAAUGUGGUAUCGUAUGGAGUGGGAGAAACUCAAGUUUCGUUUACUCAAAAUCCACUUUCAGAUACCUUUUCGUAUUAUGAGCCAGGAGAACACGCCAAUACGAAACAAGGGAGUGAAAAUGUGUGUCGUGGUGCUGUCAUUCGUUCAUGGUUUCAGAAAUUAAGAGAAAAGGAUCUCAUCAUUCCAUCCAUGACUACCAUUACACUUUUACUAAUUAUGGCAUGUUUGAUUGUAAUAGUGGUUGCAGUUACAGCUCCAUUCAAGGACAUUACUACAGUGAACGUGGUUGAUAUUAUGAGCUAUCGUUCAUCAUUGUUGGCUGCUCAUGUAUCCAUGAAAGGUUUUACUAUCCAGUUUAUUCCUAUUUCCUCUACUAUUUCAUGA